GGGUUGUUGCGCAGUUGCUCAGGCGGGGCGCGUCUUUCUCUGCCUGCGCCUGUCCAGGAGAUCCGGGGCUGCUUGAGGGUCGCGGCCAGGAUGGCUCUGCGCUCGGCGCCCCUCGGGCUCCUGGUGCUGCUGGCGGUCGCCCUACGGGAGAGCUGCGUUGGCGCCUCCUCCCACUCCCUGAAGUAUUUCCUCACCGCCAUCUCAGACCCCAGUCAGGGGCUGCCCCAGUUUGUCGCUGUGGGGUACAUGGACGGUCAGGCCUUUGUUCACUACGACAGCCACAGCCGGAGGAUGAAGCCUCGAGUCUCCUGGAUGGAGAAAGUGGAGAAAGAUGACCCCCAAUACAGGGACAGAAACACCCGGAAUUUUCGUGGCGCUGAGGAGCAGUUCAGAGGAAACCUGGAGACUCUGAGGAAUCGCUACAAUCAGAGCGAAGGCUUUCACACAAUACAGAUGUUGUCUGGCUGUGAACUCUGCACAGACGGGAAGACCAAGGAAGGGUUUGAGAUGCACGGAUACGAUGGGAGGACCUUCCUCACCUUCGACACGGAGACCCGCACCUGGGUGGCUCUCGACCUCCAGGCCCAGAUCACCAAGAGGAAAUGGGAUGCUGAUCAAGGAUUUAAUCAGAGAAAGAAAGCCUACCUGGAGGAAAUCUGCAUUGAGUGGCUGGGGAAGUACCUGUCCUACGAGAAAGAGAUGCUGCAGAGGACAGAGCCCCCAGAGGUGACGGUGAACAGCAGGACUGAGGCCGAUGAUGGGAUGGAGACGCACGUCUGCCGCCUGGAUGGCUUCUACCCCAGGGAGAUCGAUGCCUCCUGGAGGAGGGACGGGGAGGUCUGGCUGGAGGAGACCUUCCAUGGGUUUCUGGUCCCCAACGCGGAUGGGACCUACCACUACUGGCUCAGCAUCCGGAUCGACCCCAAAGAGAGGGGCCGCUAUCGGUGCCACGUGGAGCACGACGGCCUGCCGGAGCCUCUGGACCUGGCCCUGGAAGAACCAACCAAUUCAAAACUCUACAUGGAGUUCAUCGUCGGCUGCGUUAUGGGUGGUUUUGUCCUGGUCUUGGUGGUUUUUGUUGUCUUGGCCUCUAAGAAACCGAGGAUCAUGGAGUUCUUCAAGAAACAUCAAGACUACUACAAAGCAGCACCAACAAGUGACAAAGGAUCCAACAGUUCAGCCCAGGCUUUCUUAUUUCAGGAAGUGACACGGACUCCAACCGUUCAGACCAGGGGAGCAACCAGGCCGCUUAGCAGCCCCAUUGCAGUGGAGACUCCCAGCCUAAAGAGAGAGGAAGGAAGAGGGACCAGCCUUCUCCUGAAUUAGGCCAGGCUCUUCAGGCCUUUCCUGCAUGCUGGAACCAGGGUAGAUUUGGGGUCUUUCAUCACUGCUUUUAUCGCUGAAUCGGUAAACUUUUUCUGUCAUGAUUGAGGAUCAGAGGAGAAAAGGAUGUAUUAUGUGUUAAGAUUUCAAAUAGGGUUUCGUAGAUAAUAGUUUAUAAUAGGUAGGUUGCAUAACAUCCUUAAUGGGCUUUUCCUGAUUAAUCUUAGUGGAUAGAGAUUAGAGGAUAAAGAUUAGAGGUUUUAGAGACGGGUUUAGGGAAAAUGGGGUGAGGAAUAGGAUGAAGAGGUCAUUGGUUUUACUUUAAGAAAGAUUAAUAAGUUGUUAAUUUUCAUUAUAUUUGUUGAGGAUAAAGGUAGAGGUUUCUUUUUCUUGUAUAUCUGUUUAAUGUCAUCUUUGAUGAAACUGUUACUAAAAGAAGAAAUGUGCAUUCUGAGAUUUUUGUCAAUAAAAUAGUUAAUGCAUUCUUAAUUGAUUAUUGCACGGUUAUUUCACCAUGUAUUUGAUAACACAAAGUUUGACAAAUAAUGAAUAUACUGAGUAUAUUAUUUGACACUGAUUUUUAUAUAGAUUGCCAUUUAUGGAUGUUCAUGAUUUAGACAAAUGGAACAUGAGAUCAAUUGCAGAGUCAGGUUGCUACGUCCUUAACAAUGGUACAUAUAUUAUAAAGUUUGUCAAAAUUGUUUGCUGAAAAUAAAUGGUUUUGCUUUCUUCUUA